UGGAACCUGUAUCUUCCAGAACGUGAGGCGAGGAACCAGUGGGUGGGGCGCGAGAUCGGGAUUUUCUCUGGAGAAAAUUGCAGUUUUUGGUUUUGUAAUUAUUAAAGUUAGCAGUUGUUUUUACCAACGGACAAGGAAGGGUAAAAUAACGUGGGACGAAUGCUGGUUUAUUGUUGGAAAAUGCAAGCAAAGAGAGGAUGUAAUGCAAGAAUGAAGAUGGUUUUACAACGGUGAACUGAUUUGGUCACUGAUCUCAGGAUGGCAAACACAGAAAUAUCAAACUGCGGGGAAGACAGAAAUCUUCUUCGCAUCCGAGAGCAAGAAAGACGCAAUCAAGAGAUCCGUCAAGAGAAGGAAUCUUUCCUGGAUAGCCUUCCUCUCUUUGGAGAACCUUACAAGACUACUGGGGAUGAACUUUCAAGUCGGAUUCAGAGUAUGCUGGGAAACUAUGAGGAGGUGAAGGAUUAUAUAAGCCACAAGUCUCAUCAAGAUUUUGUAGGAAUACCAAAAAAUGCUGCUCCUUUGACACAUCUUGGGAAAGCUGACCACCCACACUUUGCUGACAAGUCAAGCAGUAUGAUGCAAAAGUCUUGGCACACUGCUUCUAAUAAGCACAUGGGUGCUCCAGUUUCCAUGCCUUCACAGGUUAUCUUAUCUGGUCAGUUUCAUAAACCACAGUACGUUACUGAGCAGCCUUCGAACAUGCAGUCGACUAAAAUUUUCAUUUCUCACAACCAAAGACCUUUAGAUAACCACCACAGUAAGAAUGAAAAUUACAGCAGCCAUCAUCCAGAGAGAAAUGAUGGGCAUGGUCAUGUUGGCACUUGUGAUAAACUAAGUUCUCCCCAUUGUCACCCUUCACCAUUUCCAUCUUUGUCUCCUCCCGUAGAACCAUUGUCACCUUUACAGUCUAACCAGCACAGUGAUAUCAAGUCUCAAAACAGUAGUAAUCAUGAGAGAGCUGCAAGUCAGACCAGGCCUUCCCAUAUUACAGAUGUACUUGUAUGUAAACCAAAUCGUGAGUCUUCAGGCUGUCUUCCAGGUUUAACUUUGUCCAAUCAGUCUUCAACUCAGACAUUUCCAUCAUCAUUGCCAUCUAAAAACAGCAAAGUACAGCAGAAACCAACGGCCUAUGUCAGGCCAAUGGAUGGCCAGGAUCAGAUGCCAAGCAAUUCUCCUGAACUAAAGCCCACUCCAGAGCACUAUACUGAAGACAGUUAUGAAAAUGCAUCUGAUGUAAAAGCAAUUACCAGACCAUCCAAACUGAAAGCUGCCUCUAAGUUCAUUCAGGACUAUGGCACCCAGGGGUCCUAA